AUGCCCAACUAUGCCGUCACCGCAGACAUUCAGACACACGAAAACGUGACAGUGACCUUGUCAGAAGCAGCCAUCAAUGGGCACUGCACGUACAGCAGCGGCGCAGAGUAUCCACUGUGCGUGCAAACCUCGCUUACCGGGCCAUUGAGGCCCGUUCCAGAUGACCAGGUGGAGGAAGCACGGGCUCUGCUGUUUGCACGAUUCCCAGCAAUGGCAAAUUGGCCCAGGGACCACGGUUUUCAACCGUUUGAGGUCCACAUCGAGCACAUAACUGUGCAGGAUUUCUUCGGCGGGGACGUGGAUGUUUCGCCGUCAGAUUAUUUCGCAGUGAAGCCAUCCGACUUUGUGGGGAGGCCUCUUGUUUCCUCUACUUGA